AUGCCUACCGACCAAGAAGAGGCCGUUGCGCUCAAGCUGCAGGGCAACAAGGCCUUUGCUCAGCACGACUGGCCUGUUGCAGUGGACUUCUAUAACCAGGCUAUUGCCAAAUAUGACCAGGAUCCGUCCUUCUUCUCAAACCGGGCCCAGGCUCAGAUCAAGCUCGAAGCUUUUGGUUUUGCUAUUGCAGAUGCCACGAGGGCAAUUGAGUUGGAUCCGAAAUAUGUGAAGGCCUAUUGGAGACGUGCCCUCGCCAAUACUGCCAUUCUGAGUUAUAAGGAUGCACUGAAGGAUUUCAGAGUUGUGGUCAGACUUGAACCGGGCAACCAGAACGCGAAAUUGAAGGCUGCCGAGUGCGAGAAACUUGUGCGUCGUCGGGAUUUCGAGCGCGCUAUUGAGGUUGCGGACCCGCCCUCUGCAUUCGCGGAUUUGGACAUUGAGGCUAUCAAGGUUGAAGACGACUAUGAUGGCGUGCGCCUCGGCCAGGAGAUGUCACAAGAGUUCAUUGAUGACAUGAUCCAGCGCUUUAAGGAUGGAAAGAAGAUCCAUCGCAAGUAUGUCUUCCAGAUUAUCAAGGCCGUGAAGGACCUUGUCUACAAUGAGCCUACGAUGGUGGAAGUCGGCGUGGAAUCGGGCAAGAAAUUGACAGUCUGUGGUGAUACACACGGACAAUACUUCGAUUUGCUCGAGAUCUUCCGACGAAACGGUGCCCCCUCCGAUACCCACGCUUAUCUCUUCAACGGUGAUUUCGUGGACCGCGGCUCCUGGUCUUGCGAAAUUGCACUGCUUCUCUACGCCUACAAGUGGUUGCGCCCCAACGGCCUCUUCAUCAAUCGCGGAAACCACGAGACGGAUGAUAUGAAUAAGGUGUACGGUUUCGAAGGCGAAUGCAAGGCUAAGUAUAACGAGCGUGUGUUCAAGGUGUUCUCCGAGUCCUUCUCGGCCCUGCCGCUGGCCACUUUGAUUGGCGAGAAAUACCUCGUUCUGCACGGUGGUCUGUUCUCUGAUGACAAGAUUAAGUUGGAUGAUAUUCGCAAGCUCAACCGCCACAACCAGCGUCAGCCUGGCCAGUCCGGUCUGAUGAUGGAGAUGCUUUGGACGGAUCCCCAGACCGCAGCUGGUCGUGGCCCCAGCAAGCGUGGCGUUGGUCUCCAGUUCGGUCCUGAUGUGACCAAGCGCUUCUGCGAGAACAACGGAUUAGAGGCUAUCAUUCGCUCCCACGAAGUGCGCAUGGACGGUUACGAGGUUGAACAUGAUGGCCGUUGUAUCACCGUCUUCUCUGCUCCUCGCUACUGCGACUCCACCGAGAACAAGGGUGCCUAUAUUAACAUUGGACCUGAGCUCAAACUCGAGUACGAAGUCUUCGAGGCAGUGCCUCACCCUGAUAUCAAACCAAUGGCGUACGCCAACAACUCCAUUCUCUCAGGAAUGUAA